UCUGUCAGUGGCCAGCGUUAUGUUAUUGUGGUUUCGCUACUGCCCCACAUUCUUCGCGAGGCGCCAAUCUUCACUUGUUUCUACCCAGCGCUACAAGCGGCGACAAUCUCACGAGAUGCUGCGUGUUUCUCUGAUUCUCACAGCAGCGUUGCUGGCGGAGCUGACAAGAGCGGGUCACUUCUUAAACGCAGACGGAACUCCACAUGACCCGUACCACGACCUGCACCUGCCGCACGACCCCCCUCUGUACCCCACCCUGGACAGGGUGCCUGAUACUGCCUUCAGCUGCGAGGGCAGGGAUUGGGGACUGCACGCAGAUACAGAGGCUUAUUGCCAGGCGUUCCACCUGUGCCAAGAUCACUUGGUUCGCAGUUUCUUGUGUCCAAAUGGAACGCUGUUCCACCAGCAAUUCAAAGUUUGUGACCAGUUUUACAACGUCCGCUGUGGAGUUUCUCUGGAAGAUCUUUAGCAAAGACGCACCAGAUUCACGGCAGUGUCGUUAACCUUUUCAAGCACAAAGCACAAAAGUUUGGUUCCUACCUCAAAGAAAACACAACGCGUCACCAUAACGAUGUUUAAUUGCUAACGCUGAUUAGAGAAAUAAUCGCUCUUUUUUCUGAGAAUCAAAUGAAAUUUGGGUAAAAUGCUUAUUUACUUUAUAUUGAAAUAGUUUCUACGUACAGUUACCACUGUGCUUUAAAGGGUUAACUUAAAUGAAGAUUAUUAUAAAUUAUAACGAAAAAGAUGUAAAUAAUUUCUAACCAUGUGAUACCAGCAGCGUUAUUAGAUUUUCAACAACACAUUUGUACCUGCAAUAAACGAACACAGCUGA